AUGACCUGGGCGAGAAAUUCCCAGAAAAACAAUAUAAAUGGCGAUUCAAAACAGCGCGUUGUUUCUGCGGAAGUGGCACCAAGGGCGAGCACCGAGCCCAAGCUCAAGCUCCAGCUCCCCUCCACUUUGUCCUCGUCUUCUCGGGGCUGGGGUCCUAGCUCCCGCCGUGGAAGGUGGUGGGGUGAUGUCUGCAGGAUUGACACUUGGCGGGGUGUGUCAGGCCCCCAACUCGCCAUGAAUCAGCUGCUUCUGGAUCUGGGCGAGGAGCCGGCCGGGUUCCGCACCAUUGGCCAAGGGCAGAAGGCAUCCGGGUUCACUGCUAGGCUUGCCGGGCCUGUCAUUCAUACCCCUUGCCGGCUAACUGACGACGUCCUUGUUUCGAUAUUCGUCUGGCUCCUCCGGGACAGCAUUGUCAUUACCAACGCCGUUGGUGCAGCUAAUGAUCGGGCUAUCAGUGGACUGGUCGACCAGACAAGCGAAUCGAGAGAAAAGGCUGGUCGUUCUAAGCCGGUUGCACGGGGACACCGGCACUGGUUGCGAUAG